GCACCUUAGUCACGGACCCAGCGCUAACGCGUUCUCGAUUUUCGACACAACUUCAAAACUUCCUAAAUUUUUUUUCAUCUGAUCCGAUUCUUCUUCUCCCCCACAAUCCCUUUGCCAUAUCCAACCCUCAACCACACGGCAUAAUCAUAUCCCUCCCCCCCUGAAAAAGCAUUCUGUGUUUUUUUUUCUCUUCCGUUCAGGGCCUUUUUUUUACUCGAAAAGAUCUGGUUUUACUUUCUUUUCUCAAGGGACCUCGGAAGGCAUCUAUUACUAGACUUUGGUGUGUGAUCACUUACAGGUUCAUACGUCGACUCCUGCAUUUGAGUCUCUUAAUAAUAUUGAGAGAGAAGGUGCAUACCGUCGUGGUUUCCUCUUCUACCGACAAUUAAUACCAUAUUUGUUGGUUCCUUAGGACGACAUCUGGUUUUAAUUUUUUAAAUCCGGCCGUACUAUCUUACCUUGCCUCCUCCUUCUCUUCUUUUGAACUCGUUCGUUCUUUUGAGAGAGAAUUAAUCGGCUGGGUUCCGUACGAGAAAAUUUUCUUCAACAAACACAUACAUCGACGUACAAUUCAUAUCACAUCUACCGUCUUGCGAUUACUACGUCAGUAUGGCUGAUCAACUUAACAUGGGUGGUUUGAGUCUGGGCGACCAGCAACAAGCUUCUCAACCUCGUUCUUACAUCCCGCCUCACAUGCGAGGCAAGGUCGGUGCCCCUGGUAACGGUCCUCCUCCCAUGGGCGCUGGCGGUCCUCCACCUAACAUGAACGGUCUCAACAGUAGCGCGUGGGCUGGUAACAACAACUUCGAUGCUCGACCCGCUCCUGGAUGGGCAGCCGGUCCCGAUUACCCGCCUCCUCAGCAACAGCAACAGCAACAGCCGCCGCCGCAGCAGCAGCAGCAGCAGCCGCGUCAAGGAGGCUGGAACAACCGACAGUUUGACCGUAAUGCUUACGGCAACCCCUCUACCGGUGGAAACAGCGGUGGUGGUGGCGGCGGCUAUGCUCGAGGAUCCGGUGACGGACAGUGGCGCGACGGCAAGCAUAUUCCUGGUCCCCCCAACCCCCGUAUGGAGCGUGAGCUAUUCGGUACACCGGAUGACCCUUCCAAGCAGCACACUGGUAUCAACUUUGAGAAGUACGACGACAUCCCUGUCGAGGCCUCCGGUCAUGAUACUCCCGAGCCCGUUCUUACUUUCAGCAAUCCCCCGCUUGAUGACCAUCUGAUUCGCAACAUUGAGCUAGCCCACUACAAAGUUCCGACCCCCGUUCAGAAAUACUCGAUCCCCAUUGUCAUGGGUGGCCGAGAUCUGAUGGCUUGUGCCCAGACUGGUUCUGGAAAGACUGGUGGCUUCCUCUUCCCCAUUCUCUCUCAGGCCUUCCUUACUGGCCCUUCUCCCGUGCCUGUCGGUGCCCCUGGUGGUGGCUACGGACGUCAGCGCAAGGCUUAUCCCACAUCUCUUAUCCUUGCUCCAACUCGUGAACUGGUCUCUCAGAUUUACGAUGAGGCUCGCAAAUUUGCCUAUCGAUCUUGGGUCCGACCCUGUGUGGUGUACGGCGGUGCUGACAUCGGCUCUCAACUUCGUCAGAUCGAGCGCGGCUGCGAUCUCCUUGUUGCUACACCUGGUCGCCUGGUCGAUCUCAUAGAGCGAGGUCGCAUCUCUCUCCAGAAUAUCAAGUAUCUAGUUUUGGAUGAGGCUGAUCGUAUGCUUGAUAUGGGUUUCGAGCCUCAGAUCCGUCGCAUUGUUGAAGGCGAAGAUAUGCCCGGCGUCCAAAACCGACAAACUCUCAUGUUUUCGGCCACCUUCCCCCGGGAUAUUCAAAUGCUUGCCCGCGAUUUCCUUAAGGACUACGUCUUCCUUUCGGUCGGACGUGUGGGCUCAACCUCCGAGAACAUCACUCAGAAGGUUGAGUAUGUUGAGGAUAGUGACAAGCGCUCUGUUCUUCUGGAUAUUCUACACACCCAUGGUGCUGGUCUCACCCUUAUCUUCGUCGAGACAAAGCGCAUGGCGGAUUCUCUAUCCGAUUUCUUGAUCAACCAAAACUUCCCCGCCACGUCGAUCCACGGUGAUCGCACACAGCGCGAACGUGAACGUGCUCUGGAGAUGUUCCGAAACGGACGUUGCCCUAUCCUAGUUGCCACUGCCGUUGCCGCACGUGGUUUGGAUAUUCCUAACGUUACACACGUUGUCAACUACGAUCUUCCUACCGACAUUGACGACUAUGUCCACCGAAUUGGUCGUACUGGUCGUGCAGGCAACACGGGUCACUCCACAGCGUUCUUCAACCGAGGUAACCGCGGUGUUGUACGAGAUCUUAUCGAGCUGUUGAAGGAAGCUAACCAAGAGGUUCCGGCUUUCCUUGAGACUAUUGCUCGAGAAAGCUCCUACGGCGGUAGUCGUGGCGGGCGGUCCGGUGGUGGCCGCGGCCGUGGCCAGGGUGCCAACCGCGAUUUCCGAAAGUUUGGUGGCGGCGGCUUCAGUAGCGGCGGCGGCGGCGGCUUUGGUGGCCCUCAGCAGUCCAACGGCUUCGGUGGCGGCGGUGGUGGUUACAACGCUCCUCCUAGCCAGGGCUACGGUGGAGGUUACGGCGGAGGUGGCGCCGGCGGCGCCCCAGCCUAUGGCGGUGGUAGCUAUGGCAAUCCUGGCGGAGCAGGCGGCCAGGCUUCCUGGUGGUAAUUUUGAUGAUAUCGUCACGCACGCCGAUAUAUUCCCUCUAUUCCGCAAACCGCAUGCGGCGACGGAAUUGGCACAUUUGCAAUGCGGUACAUAGAUUUCACGGACUCAUAUUCUGUUUUUUUCCAAUCGAGUUACGCAAGGUCUUUUCUUUUUUUAGUUGGCAUUUCGACACUUCCCUCAACAUACUCCUUUCUACGGCAUACCCAACUUCCAGCCUCCAAUCUGGAUCGGCAGAUACGAGUUCUACGUGAUAGGACUCUGGCGUACGAUAGAUGGCAUCUGUCUUUAUUUCGGCUGCUCUCCUCACAACUUGAUACCCAUAGAAGACUGCGAGGAGGUAUAUGCGAGCAGCUACGUGAGACGCUUGGAGGU